AUUCAAAUCUCGCGAUAGGAUACCUGAGAUCGUCUGCUGUCACUGUCACCUGAGGCUUGGGAGAGGAGUAGGAGAGCGCCGGGAAUAAGAACAGCAUUGAGGAUGUCUUUGAGUGAAGAGGGGUAUGUGGUCCGGAUCAGAGGACUUCCUUGGUCCUGCACACAAGAGGAGGUGGCAAGUUUCUUCUCUGACUGUGACAUCGUGGGGAAAAUAAAUGGAGUGUGUUUCACCUACUCUAAAGAAGGCCGACCCAGCGGUGAGGCCUUCAUUGAGUUAAAAACGGCAGAGGAUUUCAAGAAUGCACUCGCCAAGGACCGUAAAUACAUGGGACACAGAUACAUAGAAGUUUUCAAGUCAAACCGCAGUGAGAUGGACUGGGUACUGAAACGAAAUGGUCCUGCUGACUAUGACAGCUGCAGUGGCUGCAUGCUGAGAUUGAGAGGACUGCCCUUUGGCUGCAGCAAGGAGGAAAUCGUUCAGUUUUUCUCAGGGUUGAGAAUCGUGCCAAAUGGGAUAACUCUUCCAGUGGACUACCAGGGGCGGAGCACAGGGGAAGCCUUCGUGCAGUUUGCCUCAAAGGAGAUAGCAGAAAAGGCUCUGGGGAAACACAAGGAAAGAAUAGGGCACAGGUACAUAGAGAUUUUUAAAAGCAGUCGUAAUGAGAUCCAAGCCUACUACGAUGUUCCCCGGCGAGGACUUGGGGGCCAGAGACCCAGUCCCUAUGACAGGCCAAUGAUGUCGGGCCCCAGAGGGGGAUACUACGGGCCAGGAUCUGGUCGCAGUGGAGUUCUGAUGGACAAUAUAAGGGCUGGAGGAGGUUAUGGAGGAGGUUACAGUAACUUUGACAACUACAAUGGUUUCAACAACUACUGCUUUGGGAAUGGGAUGUUUGACGAGCGAGUAAGAGGAGAGAGGACGGGGAGAGGAAUGGGAAGCCACAGCUAUGGUGGACAGAGUGACGGGGGCUCAGAUUUUCACAACGGACAUUUUGUCCAUAUGAGGGGGUUGCCUUUCCGCGCUUCAGAGGGAGACGUGGCUAAAUUCUUCUCCCCUUUAGUUCCACUGCGGGUUCACAUUGACGUGGCUCCUAACGGCAAGUCGACCGGAGAGGCAGACGUAGAGUUCCGCUCCCAUGAAGAUGCCGUGGCAGCCAUGUCCAAAGACAAAAACCACAUGCAGCAUCGCUAUAUUGAGCUGUUCCUUAACUCAACAGCCAGUGGAGCUGAAACAAGUCGCAGUGAACGUUACUACGGUGGCUCAGGAGGCUCACGCAGCAGUGGGUUGCGAGGUGCAUACUGAAGACCUCAUCCGUCCUCCGAUCCAUUCUGAUGUUUGUCUGCACCUUUUGAGGCUACAUUUGCCCAGUUAUUUCCAAGCAGGAAAGCUAUCUUUUGUGUUUUUUUCAAUUGCUGGUUUUCUUUCAAACCUCACCACAGGCUUACCUGAUUUAACAUCAGCAGCUCCAUUACACUACUUCUGGAAGACUAGAAGAACAGAUUUGCCUCAGAGUUGGUUACAAGGGUGGAGCCAAGUAAUUUAUUUUUUAAUCACUUUAGACAUUGUAAAUCAAUUUUUCAAGUCAAAAUUUCAGAUUUUCCUUUGCAAAAUAUAUAAAAAAUGUAAUAGAGUAAUAUUGAGUUUUGAAAUACUCACUUUAAACAGGAGGCAUUUGUUGCAUGCACAACAAAAACAUUUAUUGUAUGGUGCUGUAAUACCAGACCUGAGUGUAGUAAACUGGAGUCUGGUUGUUUCAUAGCUGAGGACGACAUGGUGGGAUGAAGAAUAACACGUUUUUCUUCUUACAGGACUUUACUUCUAGGGGUAAAAUAUAGUUCUAAGGUUUACCGAACAUGAAGAUUUGAAAUUAAUUUCAGAUCAGCUUUCCUUGUUUGAAAGGUUUUAUAAAUGUGAGCCUGUGUGCUGUGCGUGUGGUUUUGUUUUUUUAAUCAAUGUUUUCACUCAUUACAGAAUUUAAGUUUAUUUCAAAAGAAAGUUCCACAUUUAAUGAGUGGAAGUUAAAUUUCUAUAUUUGAGCUGUAAGAUUGUUUAUGCAGCUGUUGUACAUUUUGCCUAAUAAAUUUUAUAUUCAA